UCAAACUGAAAAACCUUUCGUGGCACUUUCUCGACAAUUGUUGCUUAGGUACAAUGUUGACAAGUUGGUAUGCUUCCAGGAGUGACGGAGAGCAGAAUAGCUGAUGGAGGAGACGACGAUGGUCAGCGACAGGUCGGCGCCGACGAGUCGCCAUGAUCCCGAGCAGUGCGGCGAGCUCGAGACAUGACGUGAACACGGUCCAGCGCCAUAGUCAGAGUUAGAUUUAUUUUUAUACGGAAAAAUAAUGGAGGAAGUGAAAAGCAACUCGGCGCCGGAAUCGCCGGCGAGGACUCCACCGCCGCCGGGCCAGAACGCGGAUCUGGUGAUCGGCGACUAUAUGGAGAGGUUGGGGACGCGACUGGGUAUACUAGAGACCGAGUUGAGGUACGCCUGGAGAGCUCUGGAUCUGCUCUCGCAGGAGUACAUUAAAAUGUGGGAACGGCUGGAGAAGUUGGAAUUGCUCUUGUACGAGCAGCAGAGUGUCAUCUCACAGUUGAUCGAGUUCUACUCCUCGGUAGAGCCGAACGAAACGGAGGGUGACUUGUUGGAGAGACCAAGAAUCAUCCAGGGUAUCAGUUCCGUCGACGAGAUAGGCCUCUUGAACACCGAUUUGGUUAUGUCAACGACUGCUGCACAGUUCAUUAAUGAGCUGAAAAUCGAAAUGGGAGUCGACGGGUUGAAUCUGCCCGAUGAAGCCUUUUAUAGAAGUCUGAACAACGCGUACAGGAACGAUCUCGUUUGCCCGAGUAGUUCUGUAGCGGCGUCAGGUGCUUCGCAACUCGGCAUGAUCUGGGAGGAGUCGGAGGAAGAUAGCAACGGAACAACGAAAAGGGAAGAGAACAAGGACUUAGUGACUGCGACCGGCGAACCUCAGGAAGUGUUCAGUUCUUUAGAUUAUAAAGAUUAUCGUGGGAGCUCGCCUUGCGUCAGUGAGAAUGAUUUAGUUCAGCUUUCGCAGCUGUCUACGAUGGACCAGGUCGCGUUGGAAAAACUAAAAGAGCUGGAUAGGUUGACGACAAAAUUGCAAAAAGACUCUCAGAACUUAAAAGAACUUCAAGAUCGUUUGCUCGCCGACUCGCCGAAACACAAGUACUCAAAAGAUACUACGGACGUCUCUGAGAUCACUGUUCGAGAAGACAAGACUAAUGAGAUUGAUGAUCAGCUGAGGAGAAUGUGUGCCGAGACUGAACUGGAAAACUGGGGCUUCAGCACGACAACGAGGGCAAUAUCAGACAUGUUGAUGCUAACGAGUGCCCAAGCAGCCGCAUCAUCACCCAGGUUAGGCGUAGAUGAACCGUCCCAAGAUCCUAAUUUGUCGGGGUUCAUAUCAACGCCGACUUCUCCAAGAAAGUUGAUGACCUCUCCAAACCUUAUGUAUUCUUCAACAGGAAGACUAAGCACUAACAGUUCUACUUUGAACGAUCUUACGUCAUCUCAUAGAUCUCUACCCCUUUCUCCUAAGUCUGAUAGGUUCGAUAAACCGUCGUACAGGACAGAUUCUUCGAUUGUCGGAGCCGAUGUCUAUUCAUCUGGAGUUAGAAGUGAUUCUUUGGGAUAUUCGUUGAAUAAUGAAAGAGUCAGUUCUCCAACACCCUCGUUAGUAAGGACAAGGCAAGACGGGUACAUCGACGGACCAUCCUUGAGAGAUGAUCAGGAGUUAGACGUAUCCAUUGUCCAAUCCGCAAACAGCCCUCCACCUCCAGCACCCAAAGACUCUAACAUUUACCUAAUGCCAAGUGAUCAUAUUGAAGGCAUUCUUAGAAAAAGUCCUGUAAAUCUGUUCAGCUCCCAAGGCCCUUCGUGUUCAACGAACGAAAUGGUGCAAGGUCGUCUAAGUCCGAGAACGCCUCACUCACCAAAAUCUCCAAGAGCAUCUCCUAAACACGCAAUUGUCAAAUCUUCUUCGACCCACAUAGUAACUGCAAAAUCGGAUUCUGGGCUUUCGUCAAUGAGUGGGUGGUCCAGCUUAGAAAAGUCUCCAGAUGGAUUAAAUUCCAAAACGCCUAUUUCAUAUGCAUCUGAAAACCUUGUCCACAUAGGUAGGAUAUCUCAACAACACCCCUUGAAUCCUCCGGUAUUCGCAACUAAUACUGUUUCUGUUCCUACAACGUACAGUGAUAUUCCACCUUAUAACUACGGGGAUGUAGGUAAUAACGAUUACAACCACAUCCUACCAGGUGGCCUGAGAACCUCAGCGUUUACAACUGUUAGAACUCCAACAACGCUACCCAGUGGUGUAUUUUCAAACCACUCAGACAGCUCAAAUUUUGUUCCUCCUCCCGCCCCCGAGAUCGGAAUGGGUUCUAUGAGGCAUAGCAGAUAUGACUAUGACGCUGCGACAGUCAAAAACGAUUACAUAUAUUAUAGUGAUCAACCUGCCAUCUAUUCAGUAGCAGGGAGUCAUAGACAAGACUUUACAUCAGUAUACACCAGCGGUGCGGCCAACUUCUUACCUACUACGACUGUAUCUAGUUUUCCCGACCUAAUAGGACCGCACGCCGCACAAGACCAGUUUAGUAGUUCAUCUUCGUCCAGCUAUCGGCCUAGCCAUGAACACCGAAGUCAGUCCACCAGCUCCUAUCCUGCUUCUACUUCUACUCCUAAAAGAAGUUUAAACAGAGGUUAUUCUACAGGUUCUGUACCUUCUGGGGGAGCGAGUAUUUCUAACAUGGAAGAGUACAAAACAGCAAUGUACAGAACGAUGUUUCCUACAGGAAAUAUCACUGACGCCCUAAGUUACUAUCCUACCAAUAACACGUACAAUGGUCAACUACAAAGGGCAGAAUAUACUGAACCGGCUUGGAUACCCGAGCAACAGUCCCGCAUGGUGAGGGAUAUAACUUCAAGCACAAUUAGAUCGUCAACAAGUGUUGAAACUUAUAAUGCGAGAGGAUUUGAUCCUCGGUAUUAUCAAGGUGGAUCACCUGCACACUUUAGGAGAGAUAUGGCGUAUAGUGACAUGGACAUUAGAAGCAAAGGGGUUUCUGAAAUGGCAGACCGUCCUCCUGAUAUUGCCUAUUAUGACCCCAGCAGUGUCAUAGUUUCCCAGUCUGGAUACAUCAGCAUAGCAGCGGAUAUCAAAGAACCACAAGACGACAAGUCCAAAAAGACCAAACGAGGAGGGCUCAAGUCGGCGAUGAGUUCAGUGAGUAGUUGGUUGCCAGAUAUUCAUCUCUCUAAGCGACACAGAUCGUAUUCUUUACCUACAGGCGUGAGAAGAGAAGAUUUAGGUCUUACAAAAGAAACGGGUAAACAUUUUUCACAAUCGCUUAGAAGUAAACAACCACCUUCGAGUAGAAAAAAGAAGAAGAACCAGCUUGUUUCAACAAUGUCUGGAUUUUUACAAAAGGCUAAGAACAGAUCUCAACGUUACCAACAAAGUAUGUCAGACCCAGAACAUUCGGAAACAGAAUGGAGCAGUAGACACAGUGGGGUCUCAGAAGAUAGCGAGCCUGACAGCGUUUUUUCGGACGUCCAAGAUAGUUCCUUAUUUGCCAAAAUGUCUAGUAAUACAAACAUUCCCAAUGCAAGUACGUUCCAAUCUCCCUCCCAGAGCCAGCCUGAUUAUUCAGAAACGUCUACUGUAGAGGCUGAUGACAAGUACAGGACUGAGACAAGAUCGGAAUAUAGAGGGGAUCAUAGAAUAUUAGAACAGAGAAUGGAACCUAGAACAGAAAACAGAGUUGAUCAGAGAUUAGACCAAAGACAAGAUCAGAGAGUUGAUUAUAGAUCGGAUCAGAAGACCGAUCAAAGGAUGAAUUACAAAGUUGUAGACCAGAGAAUGGAUCAAAACGUUGUUGAACAACGGAAUGAGAUUAGAGAUCAAAGAAAUGAUCAGCGGGAUGAACAAAUUGAUAGAAAUAUUAGUAUAUUUGAUGAUGAUCCUUUUGGUGCAUCUUCAUUAUUUGCAACAAUAGGAGAAGCAAAAAAGGCCCCUUCGCAAAGCCAGAGCAAUAGUGGUGAAGAAUCUGGAGAUGGAAUGCAAUUUCCUCCGGUAACAUUAGGCAGUGCUUCUCGAGAAUUUGCUGUAUCCCGAGCUUUAGGAAAAUACCGCCGCAGGCAAUCUUCAUCAUCUCAGUUGGAAGAAACGCCAGUUACAGAAGAUGCUCCACAGCAAAAGUCACGCGAUGAAAUAUUUACAGUAAUAACGACAGAUGAAGAGGAAGAAGAGCACAGAAGGAACGAAAUUUUUGAAAGAAUAAGCUCUGAAGAGAAUAACAAGCUUUCUCAUGUAUCAAAUGAAGAACAGUAUUAUAAUGAUAGUACUCCCAAUAUAGCUAAACAUGGUAGACAUUACCCUCCUCCUAGACAUCAAGCUAGUCUCGAAAUUCCUUGGGGAGGAAGAGGCUCGGGUGACACAGAUGAUGAUAAUAGAAGCACUCAUUCGUGGAGGAGCACAUCGCGUGUAUCUUCUAGAAGGCAAAGUACAGAAGAUAGCAUAGACAGUGAAGACGAAUGGUAUUGUUAUGAACUUAGAAAGUUGGAGGAGUUAGAAAGGCAGUCUAAAUUGGAGGCAGAAAUGCAACAGCUCCCAGAGGAUUUUGAACCCGAAGAGGACGUCAGAGAGCGCAUGUCAUUCGUCCUCAGGGAACUAAGGCUAAAAGUAAAACGUAACGAUGAAAAUGAAGAUCUUCCCGGAAGUCGUAGAGGGUCUCGAGAUAGCAGAAGAGGAAGUAUUGAACUGGCAGCUAAAAGAAAUGCUUAUGAGAGAAUUGAUGAUAGACCAGGAGAAAGAUACGACAGAGAAAAUAGAAGAGGUAGUUUUGAGAGAAUAGCAAUGGAACCUAGGAGAUUGAGUCAGGAGCUGAAUGAGAAAGAUUUCAGAAGAGGCAGUGUUGAAGAGAGAAGGGGUAGUUUUAGGGAUAAAGAUAGGAGAGAGCCAUUCAGUUCCACAAGACGAGGCAGCUACGAAAGACAGAUGUAUGAUUCAUACGACGACCAAGAAAUAGCAAUGGAGUAUCCAAGAGAUAACAUAGAGCAACACCGAGAUGAUAGAAUGAAGGACUCGUCGAGAAAGGAAAUCAUCGAAGACAAAUACGAAGAAAUACCUGAGGCCUCUUCUGGAGAAACAAGUGGGCCUGACAGCCCCCAACACAGUGCUGAAGAGUUGGAGGUGGAUGAGGCUAAAGCUGUAGCUGAGGAACUGGAGAUGAUGAGAAGGAGCUCCAACAGCAGUGGGAUCAGACAGGACCGCCCACCCAUAUCCGGUUCAGGCUCAGUGAGUAGAGAGGGCUCCUUGAGCGUGCCCCCGAGUGAGGUGUCCGUAAGUAUACCGGAGGGUUGGGAUACGGAGGAGACCGCAACAGUAAGGGAGGGUUCGGUAAGUGUACCAGGGAGUGAUGAGAUGAGCUCGGACAGGCCCGGAACACCCUCGCUGCCCCGGUUCAAGUCGGAGGGUGAUCCUGCGGUAUCCACUAAGGACGAAGUCCCAGGGAAGGAUAGUGGCCCGAUGGGAAGCAAAUGGAAACUACUCAAGGCUCUGAAGGAGAGAAAGGCAGAACUCAAAAGUCAAGAGGCCGCCCAGGCUGAAACAACAACAACGACUACUACCAAUGGCACAGCUGGAUCCGAAAGUGGCGGCCGCACAAAUGGACACCCUGGAGACAACCCUUUCUACAGCAACAUCGACAGCAUGCCGGAUAUUCGACCCAGGCGAAAAUCCAUUCCGUUGGUCUCGGAGUUGGUGCUCAAGACGAUGGCAGCAACGCGACAGAAAGGAGCAGGUCUAACGUCUGCGGUGCCUCGAGCAACUCUGAACGACGAAGAACUGAAGAUGCACGUGUACAAGAAGACUCUGCAGGCGCUAAUCUACCCGAUCUCCAGCACCACGCCGCACAACUUCGUGAUGUGGUCGGCGACCUCCCCCACCUUCUGCUACGAGUGCGAGGGCCUCCUGUGGGGUUUGGCGCGCCAGGGUGUCCGCUGCACCGAGUGCAUGGUCAAAUGUCACGAGAAGUGCAAGGACCUCCUCAACGCCGACUGUCUGCAAAGAGCCGCUGAGAAGAGUUCGAAACAAGGAGCUGAAGACAAGGCAAAUACUAUCAUAACUGCAAUGAAGGAGAGGAUGAAGCAAAGAGAGCGGGAGAAACCAGAAAUAUUUGAACUGAUCAGAAAGACUUUCACGAUGGACCCGGACACUCAUAUAGACUCGCUCGAGCAAGCCGAGGAUAUUGUGCUUGAGGGCACGUCUAAAUGGUCCUGCAAGAUCGCAAUAACAGUAAUUUGUGCACAAGGUCUGAUUGCCAAGGAUAAGAGCGGGACAUCAGACCCUUAUGUGACCGUACAAGUUGGCAAAGUCAAGAAGAGAACCAAGACAAUGCCGGCUGAACUGAAUCCUGUGUGGAACGAGAAGUUUUACUUUGAGUGCCACAACUCUUCUGACCGGAUCAAAGUCAGGGUUUGGGAUGAAGACAAUGAUCUGAAAGCUAAACUUCGACAAAAACUGACGAGAGAGUCUGAUGAUUUCUUGGGUCAGACCAUAAUUGAGGUUCGUACACUGUCGGGGGAGAUGGAAGUCUGGUACAAUCUGGAGAAGAGGACGGACAAGUCAGCGGUGUCUGGAGCUAUCAGACUGCACAUCAGUGUGGAGAUUAAGGGAGAGGAAAAGGUUGCGCCUUAUCAUGUGCAAUAUACGUGCCUUCAUGAAAACCUGUUUCACUACCUAUGUGAGGAGAACAUGGGGAUAGUGACUCUGCCGCAGGCCAAGGGAGACGAUGCCUGGAAGGUGUACUUCGACGAGCCUGGCGAGGAGAUCGUGGACGAGUUCGCCAUGCGAUACGGCAUCGAGUCUAUCUACCAGGCUAUGACUCACUUCCACUGUCUGUCGACUAAGUACCUGUGCCCUGGAGUGCCUGCUGUAAUGAGUACACUCCUGGCGAACAUAAACGCUUACUACGCACACACCACUGCGUCUUCCGCUGUUUCUGCUAGUGAUAGAUUCGCUGCUUCCAAUUUUGGUAAAGAGAAGUUUGUGAAACUGCUGGAUCAGUUGCACAACUCUCUGCGUAUCGACUUGUCCAUGUACCGCAACAAUUUCCCAGCUUCCAGCCAAGAGAAGCUGAUGGACCUUAAGUCCACCGUGGACCUUCUCACGAGCAUCACCUUCUUCCGGAUGAAGGUGCAAGAAUUGUCAAGCCCUCCAAGAGCCAGUACAGUUGUCAAAGACUGUGUCAAAGCUUGUCUCCGUUCCACAUACCAGUUCCUUUUUGAAAACUGCUAUGAACUUUACAGCAGGGAGUUCCAGGUGGAUCCCAAUGAACCCAAGAGAGACCCGGAGGACACAGGACCAAGACUGGACUCCUUGGACUUCUGGCACAAGCUGAUAGCUCUUAUUGUGUCUGUCAUAGAAGAGGAUCGGAACAGCUAUGCUCCUGUGCUCAACCAGUUCCCUCAGGAGCUUAAUAUCAGUCAGCUGUCAGCAGGCACGAUGUGGAUGCAGUUUGGGAUGGACCAGAAGUACGCUCUAGAAGAACAUGAAGCCAACCGACAGAAGGUUGUGGUGCAGCCCGUCAAGUCUUCCGCUUAUAUGAAUCUACAUUUUAAAGUUAAGUGGCUGUACACCAACUACGUGAAGGAUUGUCCCCCAUUCAAAGACACUGUGCCUGAGUACCCAGCGUGGUUCGAGCCUUUUGUCAUGCAGUGGCUCAAUGAAAACGAUGAUGUUUCCCUGGAAUACCUCAAUGGUGCUUUCAACAGAGAUCUCAAGGACGGGUUCCAACGUAGCUCGGAACAUGCUCUGUUCUCCAACUCUGUGGUGGAUGUAUUCACGCAGCUCACACAAUGUUUCGAUGUUGUCUCCAAACUCGAAUGUCCUGACCCUGAGAUCUGGAAGCGCUACAUGAAACGGUUCGCCAAGACUAUCGUCAAAGUCCUCAUCGCAUAUGCUAAUAUCGUCAAGAAAGAGUUCCCCAACCACCUGAAAGAUGAGAGAAUUGCGUGUAUACUGAUGAACAAUAUCCAACAAUUGAGGGUCCAACUGGAAAAGAUGUUUGAGUCCAUGGGAGGUGACAAGCUGGAGGAGGAUGCAGCAAUUAUCCUGAAGGAACUUCAGCAGAAUCUCAAUGUGUCCUUAGAUGAUCUUGCGACCCAGUUUGCGCUGAGUCUGGAACCAAGGAUAACUCAGAGUGUGAGGGAGCUGGGUGAUCUCCUGCUCGCCAUCAAGGGUGGAGGCCAGGUGACCUUAAACCAGCCGGCACAGCGCAAUGCAGUUGCUCAGGAAGCUGAUGAGGUCCUGCGUCCACUCAUGGAUCUCCUGGAUGGAUCACUGUCAUUGUACGCUCAAUCUUGUGAGAAGACAGUACUCAAAAGACUGCUGAAGGAGCUUUGGAAGAUUGUCAUGAGGAUUCUUGAGAAAGCUGUUGUCCUUCCACCGAUGACAGACAAGAGUAUGAUCCUGAAGAAUCUGACAGACAAUGCCAAGAACUUAGCAGCCAACGCCAAGAUGGAGGACAUGUCACGUCUGAUCAAGAAUAUGGCGGGCAAACAAGACGUCAAGAAUGCUCUGAGUGGAGUCAUGGAGGUAGAGAAGAACCUUUCUCCGAAGCAGUGUGCUGUUCUGGACGUUGCGCUAGACACCAUCAAGCAAUACUUCCAUGCUGGAGGAAAUGGUCUCAAAAAGACAUUCCUGGAGAAGAGUCCAGAGCUCCAGUCACUACGGUAUGCCCUCUCUCUCUACACACAGACUACCGAUACCCUCAUCAAGACAUUCGUCACGUCACAGACCAACGAAGUUCCACUAAACAACAAAAAGACGCUGUUGUCUGCGCAACGCUCGCUGUCUAGCGAGCGUGAUGAGAACGACACCGGUAUGGAGAGCUUGGAGGAACCGUUGAGGGCGAAGAAGCGGCGAGAGUCAUCGUUGCAGCAAGCUGACAUGCUGGGAAUGGAAGAGGGCAGUGUUGGUGAGGUAUCUAUCCAGGUUGAUCUCUUCACACAUCCUGGCACUGGGGAGCACAAGGUUACUGUGAAAGUGGUUGCCGCCAAUGAUCUGAAAUGGCCGACCGCCACCGGAAUGUUCCGGCCAUUCGUUGAAGUGAAUCUCAUUGGCCCACAUCUAGCUGACAAGAAACGUAAACAAGCGACCAAGUCCAAGAACAACAACUGGUCUCCUAAGUUCAACGAGACUUUCCACUUUAUGAUCGGAAAUGAGGAGCAACUAGAGUACUUUGAACUUCACAUCUGCGUCAAAGACUACUGCUUCGCUAGAGAUGACCGACUCGUGGGUGUUGCAGUGCUUCAACUGAAGGAUAUUGUCGAUCAGGGCUCCUGCGCAUGCUGGCUGUCGCUUGGCAAACGCAUCCAAAUGGACGAAACGGGCUGGACGAUCUUGCGCAUCUUGUCGCAACGAUCCAAUGAUGAGGUCGCCAAGGAGUUCGUCAAACUCAAGUCCGACAUCCGUCAAGAGAACCCCCUGCCGAUACAAUGAGAGGGGACCCCGCACUCCAUGUCUUGCCUUACUCUCUUCUUGUCUUCAACCCUCGUGGGACUGUUGUUGCCUCUGCUUUGUUCUCUGUCAGCACAGGGGUCAGGUCACACGCAGCAGGAACUGUCAGAGGAUAAAACUGAUCAUGGACAGUACGAUAAACAGAUUUUCAGAGUCUAUAAAAUUACUAUUUCAGUGUUUUUUGUGACAAGUGAGGUCUAUGGAUUUUCGCAUAUUAUGUAUGCAUUCUAAAACACAAAGAAAGAUUAAAUAAUGAGUGGUCCAUUGGUUACAAUUACAGUAAACUACAUCACAACUUUCAUAAGUAUUACAUUUAAGUGUUCUAUUACUGAAUCAGUACUCAUGAAUUCUACAUUCUCUAGAUGUUAACUUUUCAGAGUAUUUAACGUUUUUUGAACCUUGAUGGCGAAAAAUCAGUAACGUUUGUAAUUUUAAUUACAAUAAACCGAGCAUAAACAAUAAUUAACCUUGAGAUAGAGUUAUCGUGUAAAAGACAGAAAGAGCGAUGAAAGAAAGGAAAGAACAAAGCAACAGCAGCUCUAACAUUCAAACCUUUUGUAAACAUAAGUUAGUUAUAAAUCUAAGUUUAAUAUGAAACAAACAUUAAAAACACUAUGAGGACAAUACUAUAUCCUAAUGCUGAGUCCAAAUGUGUGAAACCGCGCACAUUGAGAUAUUCGGCUUGGGGCGUGCGUCGAACCAUCCUUUGUACGAAUACUUUUGUAAUCCAGUUUUGAUGUACAUAACAAUGUAAAAUGCUGUAACUGUAUUAUGGUUUUGUCUGAAAACUCGACGUACUCUCCAAGUUUGCGUAAGGUAGUGUUACGUUUAGAAGUAGGAUUUUAGGGCCAUCUCAUUUUUUCUGAGGCCCUUUAAAAAUGUAAAUUUUGUGAUUACAUCACCCCAUAUCUUGUACAUAUUCGCAUACGUUGACUCAUUUUCAACUUCUGUCAUGUGUAUAAAAUGCCUCUGUUGAUUAUCUUAAUUUUGUUGAUAUAUUUACACCUCCAAACUUUUAUUUACCUAUUUUUCUGAAAGUGAGCUUUGUCUGAAGAACUGAAUAACUGAAUAGAAGCAUUGAGAAUUUAAUUUCUUUACCAUGUCAAUUUUGACUUAUACAAAUAGGUUUUAGUUACAGAAGAUUGAUACAGUUAAAGAGAAAAAAAAAUUAAAAACACUACUGAUAAAUCUCACAUCAUUUUUCUUCUGUGAAACUUUAAUUUUGUAUGUUUUUAGUUCAAUUUAUGUGUACAGUAACUACUUCAAUAUAAUUAAUGACAUUACUUUCAUAGAAAUCCCAAUGUUUCUAUUUUUACAUAAGGAAUUAAAAAAUGUCCCUAAAAAUAUAAAUCUUUAAUCAAUUUUAUGAAAGUCAGUAGUAAAAGGAAUUAUAUUCUCAUUAUUUUCCCUCUAAAUAUAAGUAAUUUCGUGUCACUUCAACAAUCAUGCCUUGAAAUGGAAAAAAAAAACAUUUUUCUUUCAAAAUUUUAAAACUUGUUACUAUACCUUGAAAAAGGAAUAACAAAAUUAUUUCAAAGCUCUUUAUCAUGCCAGAAAACAGGAAAAAAAAAUUAUUUUAGAAAUUUAAAUUCACCUGUAGUAAGUACUAAAUAUAAAGCGCAUCAAUAUUCUUCACUAUAGACUGAAUAAAUAUUGUGUAUUAAUAAAUAUUAUGGAUAGCGUAUUAAAACGAGGCCAAACUUAAGGUUUAAAUAAACAAAAUUACUUCUUUUAUAAUAUUUUUCAUCUCAGUUAUUUAGUGACUGUCCAUCUGCUUGUACUAAUUAAUUAAAAAUUCACUUCAAAAGUUGUUAAAAGCUAUGUAAGUUUUCUAAAUUACUCGCUUUAUUAACAUCAUCAUCCGUGAGUGAGACUACUAUUGUCCAAGGCAUCUCUGCAUUCAGUAUGUUAAGGUCAGCUAAAACUUUUAAAAAAAUUGUUUAAAAUUGUGCUGCCUUUUUAGGAUAUUGAUUAUUACAAGCUUAAUAGUCUAGGAGCCGAGAACCAUUUGCAUUGUUUUAAGCACACAACCGGGUCUUUCUUGAUAUUGAAAGAGGAAUUUUUUCUAUGAAAGAAAUUGUUUGUCAGCAAUGCUAGUUUUGGUUGAGGUUGAAAUGUGAGGGUGUCAAAAAGUUUAAAAUUAUAAAGCAACGAUUUUUUUCUGAUAAUAUUUUUUCUACUUCAUUUACUUCAAACUAACCACUAGACACAUAAAUAAUAGUUAUAUCACUGUCAGAUAACAAGAUAAAGUUACAGAGUCUCUUUCUGCUUCAGUAUGUGGUUUACUAAUGCUGAUGAGACUGAAAAAUAUGCUUUAAAUUUUUUUAUUUUCAUAUUCUUAACCCUUUUGAUACCCUAGUAACCCAGUGUGGCUGAUGUUUAAUUUCAUUCUUAAAUGAAAUUUAUAUCUUGAUAUCAAGAAAAAACAGGACGUAUAUUUAACCCUCCAUCAGGCGCUUAAAAUUAGAAACACCAUCAGGCGGAGGUUUCCUCCAGGUUAGCGAA